CGCUGUGUGGCGUCCACCUAUCUCCUCAGCUGAAAGCUAAAUAGAAAUGGACUUCAUGGCCAUGUUCACAAGGCUUUGUACACAUGACAUCUUCUCCGCGAUGCCUGAACAGCCUUGUGUCGCAAGUUUUCUAGAUCUGAGACGAUAGAGGAAUCCAAGAGCUAGGAAGUGCCGUAUAGUACAUUACGACUCUAUUACUUUUCCCCAACCCGCUUUCCUAUUCAGUCGUUUCCCUACAUCCAGGCUUCGUCGCGCCUCAAUCGCUACAUCGAUCAAUCAAGCACAGAAGAGAGAACAGCUUGAGUCACGAAAUAGAGCACGAACAUUGAAGAUGUCCGAUUCAGGCCAACCCCAAAUGGCAUCCGAAGCCCCCGACAACACUUCUAACAUCAUCGCCAUCGUCUCGCUUAUCAUCUCUAUUAUCGCAUUUGUCGUCGCUAUCGCCCAAGCCCUCCAGCAAUACCUCGCCUCUGCUGAAGGAUACCGCAAAUGUGCAAAGCCCGUCAUGGGCCACUGGGCCCAUAGCACACGGCGGCGCUUCCGCCUCAACGAAGUGCGCUUCGAAGUACUCUUCGAGACCCCAGUCCUCUUCGUUGGCACGCCGGAAAACAAGCGCGGCCCUGUACCAGGCCGCGGAAUUACGAACAUUGACGGUUCUGACGAAAGCUACGUCGCGAGUAACACGAUCGAUGAAAGCGCACAGGAAGUCGAGGACCGUGAAGCGGCGAACACCACGAAUCGGUUCCGGCGCGUUCAUACGAUCGAUGACGAGCGCGCGACGUGGGUUUCGCUGUUGACGAUGUUGCAGCGUGCUGAGAGGGCCGGGCGUGCGUGGGAUGCGAAGCAUGCGAUGACGCCCAAGGGGAUCAAGUAUGGUGCGCCCGAUUACAGUAUGGUCGUGCAGAUGCAGAAGCGCAAGCGCUCGUGGGAUUAUAUGCCAGAUAGUGUGCUGAAGCCGUAUGCGCAGACAACGAUGAGUCAUCUGGCGGAGCUGGCAGUCAUGCUGGGGAUGCGGUGGCGCACGUUUGAUCCGGACACGGACAAUCUGCGUGCGGAAGGAAACGGAAUGAUCUUGACGUCGUCGCAGUAUGUCGGGCUAGGACUCGGGGUGAGCUUCUCGGUAUUCAGCAUGACGGAAUUUGGAGAGCGACGAACAAUGCCCGCUGUCAACGUACGAAAGCUCGUAUUCGGGUGUGUGGAGACGAUGUAUGAUGAUCUGGCAUUGAAUUUUGGUGGAGACCAAGAGAUUCGUCGUACGCUACAGCUUGUCGGGUGCAAGCAAGAUACAAUCGAGAAGUGGUUCAAGCGACGUGAUCAUGUCCGGUCUGUAUCCUUCGAGCUCGUAGCUAUGCUCUCCACGAACAUUCGUAUUCGCGGAUCCUCAUUUCGACGGCUUCCCAAUCCGACCAAAGAUCCCUGGAACGACGCAUUCAGCGCCCUAACCAUUGUAACUGAAAUCAUCGCACAGAUUCGCAAACUCGCGACAUUUCCACACGUAUCUUCACAGGUUCAAAGUAUCAUAGAAGCCUGGGAAGACCUCACCGAUGUCUGGCGAACGAAAGAUGAUGAGAUCGAUAUCGACCUCCUCGAGAAAGUCCACGAUGCAAUCGACAAUAUCGACGAAUGGCUCUUGGCACAACCAAAAGCUACCGUCAUCAGCGUCGCAGGCUCCCAUGUUACCACUGUGCUAGCGCAGCUUGAUGAUCUCGAAUCGUUCUUGUCGAGUCGUGACUGUGAUACGGAACAGGAGUUGUUCGAGCACUACUUCAAUGAGAUCCGUCCCCUUGUUGCAGCGGCGAACAGUGGCACUGGGACAACGUCAGGUAGCUACUACAGUCCGGCAAGCGCGCAUUCAAUAUCCCUAGAGAAGAAGAGACUGAGAGAGGAUGUCUGGGUGGCGUUGAUGUGGAGGAUGGGUUUGUGGGGCUUAUUGCAUGAUUAUGAGGACGGUGAUUUGAAUGUGCUGCCAGGGAGAUUGAUGAAUACAAGACUGCCGGUAUAUAUUCUGUAAGCUGGACCAUCAAUCAUAUACGAAAGGGGUGAAUUAAGCGACUUUGUUACAUUAUUUGGCUUUUUGUUCUUGUGUGCAAGACGCACCAGCCGAAGUGAAUUACAAUAUUUGGCAGUAGCUAACUGGCGAGGCCGUUCUUCCCAGAUGUACCGGUACGCCUUUGGUGACCAUAUUCCUCGGUGUCAUAUAUAGGAAGUAGCUUGCUGUUCAGGAGAUAUGAUUUUAUAAUCUUUAGAUCAAUAAGUCUAGACCUACACGACCG